AUGGCACAUCAGCAAAAUGGGCUUGACUAUCCAAACAAGGACCGGGACCUACCUUACUGGCUCGAAAACCUUACCAACCAAAACGGACGCCGUGUUUACAACGUAAGGGGUAAAAUGGACUGGGGAGACUCGUCAAAUGCCAGCUCCAAUGACUUCCUAUCAGACUUGCUGCCACAUUACGUCACACCACGGCAUCGUCGAGCGAAUAAUCUGAUUGACGAUGAUUUCCAUGACGUCAUUUUAGGUCCUAGGCCGCAGGAACCAAAAACUCGUAAAAACCUUUCCAAAGAGGGCAUUACUAGCUUGCAAGAAAGUAAUUCGAUCAAAAGACAGGGCCCAAAAAAUAUAGCGAAGAAGCCUUCGUCAUUAAGUUCGGUUCCACUUAAACAUGGAUUGAAGGACAAGGUCAAGAAUGAGUUCGUUAUCCCUGAGUUACCCGAAGGACGGUUGUUGGAGCUGAAGAUUUUCUCUAACUGGGGUGACAAAUACUUAGUUGGUUUGAACGGGAUAGAACUCUUCGAUUCCGUUGGCAAUCCUGUUGUGGUCGAGAAGGUGUGGACUGAUUCAGAUACAGGGGAUCAAUCGAAACACGGCCGCGUUGAGAACAUAAUAGACGCGGUGAUGCGCACUCGUGAUGAACGGCAUACUUGGACAGUGCCAGCGCCGCGAGGGAACCCUAUAGCGCUGUCUGUUUUGUUGGCUCGAGGCUCCAGGCUGGCAUUGUUGAGGAUAUGGAACUACAAUAAAUCGCGCAUAUAUUCUGCUCGUGGCGUCAGAUUGGUCCAAAUAAAAUUAGACGAUCAAGUAAUAUUUCACGGGGAAAUCGCGAGGUCCAGUGGCGAACUGAAGGGCCCACUGUCGUCGUUUGGUGAUACAAUCCUCUUCACGAAAGACCCCAAUAUACUGGAGGCUAUAAUGCAAAAUGACAAGAACUUCCAAGCUUUGCUCAAAGACAAUGAGCCGAUGACUGAUUUCUCUAAUAUUAUCGAGAAGCGGCCCCCAACUGCAAACGAUAGCAAUCACAAUAUGAGUCCAACGGCACUGUUAGAGUCUCUGGAUAUUGAUGAGAAAGAAAUCAAGUAUGUCGCAAAAAAAAUUAAGAUGACGCUCAUGUCUACGUGGGGACAGAGGCAAUUGGUUGGACUUACAGGGAUCGAACUCCUUUGCUACAACGAGCCGGUUAAGAUUUACCGAGCGUAUGCUUACACUGCAUUUAUAACUGAGGACCAAGCGCCGGAACACAGUAAUCUCAUAGAGUGCAAGAGUUUGUUCAACGGCAGGAACAUCACCACGGACUUCGAAGAUAUGUGGUGCACUAACUUUGCGGCCGGCAACAAAUUCUGUCAUAUUGUCAUGGAGUUGGCGGAGGCUACUGAGAUUACCAGUAUUCGCUUAUGGAACUACAAUGCCAACAUGGAGCUUUCGUACAUUGGGGCCAAACACGCGCGGAUCUCCCUGGACGGGGCACCGCUAAACUACAGGCCGUUGUUACUGCGCCGGGCUCCCGGCGACACAUGCUACGACUACGUGCAACAAAUUGAAUUGCUCUCUGUUGACGAUAGGUUGGACGAUGCGAAGGAUACGGAUAGCUUCCGCAUGGAUUGCUUAGUGUACGGUACUAACCUGGACAUGGGCGCACCGACCGGCUUCGUGCUACAGCUGAACAUAUUCUCUACCUGGGGCGACCCUUACUACGUCGGCCUCACGGGAGUUGAGCUGUACGAUCCUCACGGCAACUUGAUACCGCUUACUGAGACAAACGUAUGCGCGCACCCAGCAAGUGUAAACGUAUUGGAUCCUCGCGCAGCAGACGUGCGUACGCCGGACAAACUCAUCGAUGGACACAACGCGCGCGUUGGCGACGCUUCCCAUUCCUGGCUUGCACCGGUACUACCACAUACACUCAAUAGGGUGUAUUUUGUAUUCGACGUCCCGGUGUCUGUUUAUGGCAUAAAGAUCUGGAACUAUGGGAAAACACCAACAAGAGGCGUCAAGGAGUUUGGUGUUUUAAUGGAUGACUUGUUGCUAUACAACGGAACUCUGGACUGUGCCAAAAGUGAUGAUAACCUCACACCGCAGUGGUUCUGCUUGCAGAAUUUAGAUGUCGACACAUUGACACCGACAUCAUCGGACAUGAGCCAGCGCACGACGACGAGUGGCUCCAGCGAGAGCGCGGACCCGAGCGCGCGCCCCCACACCAGCGUGCACCUGCUGCACAAACACUAG